AUGAGUCUCAGAGUUUUGCUGAUCAGUUGGUUUCUGGGCGCUUUCCGCGCGAAAGGCGGCCGCGCGCAAGAAGCCGGCUACGACAGGAAAGCGCUGCAGAGUCUCACGGAGUUUCGCCAACUCCACAGAAAGACAGUCGACGGCCGUUUGUGCGCCGCGGCCUUCGUGCAAGACGGCCGGACAUACACGGACUGCACGGCAGUGCGGAACCCCGAGGGCGUUUCGGGUAGACAUUGCAAGAAAGAAAACAGAAGAAAUGAAGACUGCUGCUGCAUUUUUCCUGGCCCAGGAGCAUGCUGCUGCUGCUGCAGGCGGCUGCGGGCGACUUUGCGGAAGCACGAAGAGGUAAGGGGGGUUUGCUGCAGCAGCAGAGGGUUUGCUGCUGCAGCGCAGCCGCAGCUGUGCCUCGCAGCUCCUGCUGCUGCUGAGCGCAUGCAAAGAGUUCAAGAAAUCCUCGGGGGGGCCCCCAGGGCCCUGGAGGAGCUUCGGGGGGAACUUUCGAAGUUGCUGCUGCAGCAGGGGAUGAGUGCGGAGUUGGCAGCAGCAGCAGCAAGAGACGCGGCUGCUGGCAGCAGCAGCAGCAGCAAGUUUUCCUGCGGCGGUGAGUCUGGCCUUUUUCCAAUUUGCGGCCAAGUGCAACUCGGCUGCUGCAGCGCUGCGAGGCCCAACGGCCGACGGGCUGCGGGCCACGAUCUACAGCAACGCGGCCUUCGGGGGGCCCCCCGCGGCCUUCCAGGACUUCCCCACAGUGGACUUCGAGGCCCGCGGGCUGUACCCUUUUGGGGGGGCCCCCCUGGGGGCCCCCGGACUGUACCCUUUUGGGGGGGCCCCCCUGGAGGCCUUUUCCGUUCGCUGGGAGGGCUUUUUGCAAAUUCAACUUUCCGAAACUUUCCGAAUCUUCACUGUUGCCUGUGGGGCCCGAGUCUUCCUCGACGACUCUCCGAUUCUGGUGGACCGCAUGCAAGUUCCCGCAGCAGCAGCAGCAGCAGCAGCAGCAGCAGCAGCAGCAGCAGAGCCGGAGAAGCCGCUGCCGCCGCUGCCGCCCUCGGGCUUCACCGGGGUCGCCAAAGUCUUUUCAAGUCCGCAGCGCGCAUGAUGCUGGGGUGGACUUCCGCGACUGUGCCCGAGCAGCCAAUUCCAGCAGCAAAUCUUUUCCAAAGUGACUCUCCGCCGCUGCUGAAGCUGGGGGGCCUCCCGGGGGGCCCCUUUGACUUGUAA